AUGGAUCUGGAAUCUUGGAAAAUCCAAAGAAUGCCAUCGUAGUUGAAGGAGAAGAAGCUGUUCUUAGUUGCGUGGUGGAUGGAAAUCCUUCACCAAAAGUUACUUGGACGAAGAAUGAGGAAAACCUAAAUAUCACACAUCUGCGACUAAGAGCGUCGUCGCAGAACAACAAGCACAGUUUAACAAUCACAAAUGUUUACCGAUCAGAUUCGGGACAAUAUAGAUGUGUGGCUUUUAAUAAUGUUGCCAACUUGACUUCAUCUCCAGGGACUUUAACAGUGCAAUUUAAGCCUUCGAUCGCUUCUCAACCACAGAGUGUUUCUCCAGAAGAAGGAAGCAAUGUCACUUUGCGUUGCAACGCUACUGGAAGCCCUAUACUUCAUAUGUUCUGGACGUUUGAUGGAUCUGUAAUAGAAGAAAAUGAGAAUUCCAGGAUCAGUUUAUCCAGUGACUCUCAAGAGUUGACAAUAACGAAUGUGGAAAGAGAAGACAGUGGAAAGUACAGAUGUGCUGUGAAAAACAGGGUUGGAAAUGACACUUCUGAACCCUCUGUAGUAAACGUGUUAUAUCAACCUGAAAUCGUUACGCACCCUAAGAAUAAUACACAAGAAGAAGGACUUUCCUUGAACUUAUUCUGUAACGCUACUGGAAAUCCAUCACCAACACUAUCGUGGACCAAAAAUGGAAAUUCUUUGAGUGACAACAAAGGGAUAACUUUCUCAGGAAACAACGAGACGCUGUCUAUUGCGAAUCUUAACAGAACAGACAGCGGAAAUUACCGAUGUGUUGCCAGCAACAGCCUUAGAAAUGAUAGUUCAAGUGCAGCAACAGUAGACGUACUUUGUAAGUGUUCACUUAUUUCUUUCCUGCUUUACCAAAUUCAGAAUGCGAAACUCUAG